UAGUUAUUAUGUCUUUUUCAAAAUUUAAUUUGUUGGCCAAUAUUGGUGCUUUGGCCUCUGUUCAUAAUCUGACAGCAGUUCGUUGUCUGCAUGUUCGUAAGCGAUGGAUGCGUCCAUACUUAAAGGAUUUGUAUAACAGGCGUGUCAUGGCUGGCCCUGAACCUCUCGUGAGUCGGUCCGCUAGGGACAAUUGGAAUUACACGUCAGAAAUAUUCGCAUUCUCUCAUAGACUUGGAAUUUCUGAACUUGACCAUGAGUCAAUUGUCAAAGCACUCACAAACAAAAGUUUUUUCGAACGAAAAGAUGUUGAAGAAGGUGCUAUGUAUCCCCAGCCAUCAAUGGACGAAGAAGUGCAAAUUAUGACAAACGAAAGCAAUGAGGAUCUUCGAGAGAAAGGCGAAGUCCUUUUUAGGCAUAUAUUACUUUCUUAUCUGCGAGCACAUUGGCCUUUGGCACCAGAGGAGUUCAUAAUUGCCGUUGCAAUGCAUUUGGCUUCGAACGAAGUCCUCGCUCAAAUAAUUAAUCAUUUGGGAAUUCAACAUCUUGUUCGUACUGGCGAAUUUCCGCCAUCUGAGGAAACACUUCAGACAGCUCUUCUUGCUUUACUCGCUUCAAUUGAUGUAACAAAGGCCCGAAACUUUAUUCGAAAUUUUGUACUUCCACGUUUAUGUGAAGUUCCAAUAGAAGAUGUUCUUCCCUUUCGACAACCUUUUAAAAUUCUUCAGGAUUAUAUGAAUAAAUGGGAGAAUAUUGUUGAUAUUGAACCUCGUUUUAUAAAUUCUGGUGGGUUGUCUACUGCUAUGCCUUAUUACGAAAUUGUCAUUUACGCGAAUAAGGAGAGAAUUCUCGGACAAUCUGCUGGUGAACAGCCGUGGGUAGCACUUGAUUUGGCUGCGCAGAAUGCACUUCUAAGAAUAUGGAAAGUUCUUGAUGAACCACGCGUUUUCCCCUUCAAAUGUGAAAAUGUUUAUGAGUUGCGUUUUGAGAAGGCACAAAAAGCAAAUCACAGUUUAAUGGACAUUGUUUCUGAGGACACAGACGUUGGACUGUACUCUCCCGAGGAAUUGGCUCAAGAUCCAUUAGAUCCAGUAGAUAUGGCUCAUUUCUACCAAAACAAAGUAAAUCCAGAGCUAGGUCUUCCUCAUAGGAAAAGAUUGCGGCAUAUGUUCUCUUAUGGCAGUAUGAUGCGACGUCCAAGACGUUCCAUGGUUAAACCCCAACCACACAAUAUUUGA